GUUGGGUUUCGAAUCCAACCAAAAAAAGACAGAAAUUCAAAAAGACAAAUCUCACCCAAAAAAUAAUAUUAAUAUCCAAUAAAAUAAAGAGAGAAAAACCUUUUCGAGAACUUCAAAAAUCAAACUUACUCCAAAGAAAGAGAGAGAGAGAAGUAGAAGAAGAAGCACAAAGUCCAGAGAGAGAGAGUUUCUUCAUUGUUCGAGCGAUCUUUGUCUCUACCACAUCCUUUUGUCUCCUUCUUGGGUGAGCAAUGACGGGGCUUGUGAUGGUGACUAAAUCCACCGUUGGCUGCGGCGGAGGAAAAGGAGGAGGGAAGACCAAAUCCACCGUGGAGGAGGAGGAAGAGCAGAACCAGCAACAACUCUCUCUUGUUGAGUUUCUACUAACAGCUCUCCGUAAAUCCGUAAUAUCCUGCCGUGUCGACAAUAACCAGCAAGACGACGUCGUAGGAGGAGGAGGAGGGAUCUCCUCAGCCGUUCAUCACAUGGAGAUCGGAUGGCCAACAAACGUCCGACACAUCACUCACGUGACGUUCGAUAGAUUCCGUGGCUUCCUCGGUCUCCCGCACGAGCUUCAAGUCGAGAUCCCAUGUCGUGUCCCUAGUGCAAGUGUGAGUGUGUUUGGUGUCUCUGCGGAAUCAAUGCAAUGUUCUUAUGACAACAAAGGAAACAGUGUCCCAACUAUUCUAUUACUAAUGCAGCAAAGACUCUACUCUCAACAAGGUCUCAAGGCUGAAGGGAUCUUUAGGAUAAACCCUGAGAACAGCCAAGAGGAGCAUGUGAGAGACCAACUCAACAGAGGUGUUGUUCCUGAGAACAUUGAUGUGCACUGCUUGGCUGCUCUUAUCAAAGCCUGGUUUAGAGAGUUGCCUUGUGGGGUCCUUGAUGGUCUUUCUCCUGAGGAGGUUCUUAACUGUAAUACCGAGGAGGAAUCUGUUGAGCUUAUAAAGCAGCUGAAGCCUACUGAGUCUGCUUUGCUGAGUUGGGCUGUUGAUCUUAUGGCUGAUGUUGUUGAGGAAGAAGAGUUUAAUAAGAUGAAUGCGAGGAAUAUCGCCAUGGUUUUUGCUCCUAAUAUGACUCAGAUGACAGAUCCAUUAACGGCUCUUAUGCAUGCUGUUCAAGUUAUGAACUUGCUUAAGACCCUCAUCACCAGAACACUAGGCGAACGUGAAGAAGCCUCAAGCGGAUCAGAAGGAUAUUCACCAUCCCAUUCAUCAGAUUCCCAAACUGAUUCUGAGUCUGACAAUGCACAAGACAUGGAAGUUAGCUGUGAAUCACAAGGAACAGAUUCAGAAUCUGGAGGAGAAGAAGUACAACAAGAACAACAAGAUGAAAACGAUACUGGAUCAUUAAGCUCGAUAGAGGACUGCUUCUUGAGUCAGCUCAACGACAAUGCUAGAGUUUCAGACACCAGUAUGUCUGAAGACUUGAGCCCAAAAGGCUCUCCGGUGGUAUCACUCACAGACAACAAAAACAACACUUUAGGCUCAAGCACAAGCGACCAAGAUGAAUCUAUGACCGUCUAAUUUCAACACUUUAGGUAAACCAUCACAUUUCUUCUGCCUAAUCUGCUGGAGAGAGAGCAAACAAGAACCGGUUGUGUCUGUAAAUCAAUACAGAGAUUAUUGUCCACUUUGUUAGGGUCUUUAGGGAUUGUUGGUGCUGAGUCUGAUUAGGGUUCAGCAAGGGCUGAACCUGUCUGUGGACUGUUGUUGUAGUCCUUUACUCCAUGUUUGUGUUUGUCUGCGUGUGUUUUGCUGCGUGUGUUUUGCUGUUUGGUUUGUUGUAGCAAAGAUAAUGUGAUCUCUCUUUUACUUGAUUUCAUUUGAAACAAUGAAUCUUUCUUCUAAA